AUUUUAUUUUAUUUUUGAUUUAAAAUUGCCAUUAAGAAAAGAUUAGAGUUAAAGAUGCAAACUGAUAAUAACACACUACCACCGGAAUAUAUGCAACUUCGAUGUAAAUAUCAAAGUGUAGAUGAAUUUUUACACUAUUUAAAUCUUGAUCAAUAUUUAAAUACAUUUUUAUUUGAAGGAUUUGAUUCAAUUAUUUCAUUAUUAGAAAUUACAGAAGAAGAUAUGACAGUGAUGAAUAUUAAACGUGGUCAUAGAAGGUUAAUUCAAAGAGAAAUUGCAACGAUAAAAGGCAUUUCGAGGAAUCAGCCUAUUGUUACAAAUAUAUCAAGUCCAAAAUAUGCUUCUGAGUUUAAUUCGACUAUUCUUCCUGUUAAAUUAGAAGAGACAGGAACAAGCAAUGCAAACUUUAAAAACCAUUUUUCUGGUGGAAAUCCAAUGCUGGAUAAUAAUAAUAUGAUGGCUACUUAUAAUUCGAAUAGGAUGUUUGUCACUAGUCCCCAGAAUAUGAAUAAUGAUUUUGAAAGUAGCAACAACAAAGAUUUUAAUAUGUAUUUUGUAAAGUUAAAGAAUCAACAAAGAGGAGAGUCCUCAAGAAAUGCUACGACUGCAGAUAAUCAUGCUUAUAUGAGUAUUAACAGUAGUAAUAGUCAUAGUAGCAACAGUUCCAAGUCAUAUAAAAAGAGAAACAAUCCAGUAUCUAAUUCCUUAGUUAAAUCUCGUAAUUCAAGUAUUUCUUCUUCAAUAGAUGACCAUGAUUCAACAGAUACGAAUGAAUCUGUACCUAUAAAACGAAAGUAUAGACGACAUCCUAAACCUGAUCAAAAUGCCCCUGUCAAACCACCGUCGGCUUAUAUCAUGUUCUCUAAUGAUUCUCGUGCUGAGUUAAAAGAUCAGCAACUUUCAUUCGCUGAACUAGCAAAAAUUGUAGGUGAAAAAUGGAAGGCGCUUAGUUGUGUUCAAAAGCAAACUUAUGAACGCAUGGCUACUAAAGCAAAGGACAAAUAUUUAGUUGCACUUGAAAAAUAUCGAUUAACCCCGGAAUACAAGCAUUAUAAAGAAUAUUUAAAAGAUUUUAAGGCUAAACAAGAGGCUGCCAAUCAAAUGGUAAGUCGAAUGAGAAAAAAGGCAAAGCAAACUUUAUCAUCUGAAAGCAUUAAUGGAGGUGGUAUAGCUGAUAUUAGUUCUAAUGAUAUUUCAACUGAAAAUAGUAGUAGUACUGGUAGUGAAUCAAUAGAUGCAUAUACUGUCAAAGCUUCUAUUCUUCUAAUAAACAUGAUAGGUAAUGAACGAAAAUUACCAAAAUACCAAAAGUCCAAUGAUAGUGGAUAUACUUCGCAACAGAGUUCUAAUACAAAUGGAAAUGACUAUCACAUAAAUAAUAAUGAAUCUGAUCAAAUGAUGCGUGGCUUAAUACCUGUUGAAUUCAUUAAUACAUCUCCAAUAACAAACAACACCAAAUGUCAGUCAAAGCCUCGUAAAACUCGUAACAGUAGCAGACAUCUAAGAGGAGAGUAAAGCUUGUCAUCCAUAAUAAUAGAGAAGAAAUCUAUUUCCUGUUUAUAUCAAGUCAUUUAUAGAUACAUAAAUAUAUACACGCAUAUAUAAAAUAUUCAUUCAUUUAUUUAUUUGUAAAAGGAGACCUAAUCUUGGCCCACUUAUUUUCUAGAUUUAAUAUGCCUUAUGUCUCCCUAAUUACACUUUGUUCAAAAGCUUUUUCUUUCUUUUUUUUUUCUUUUAAGAAUACAUGCACAUAUACAAAAAUAAAAUAAAAUAGACAAUACGAAUUGCGGAUCCCAAAAGGAGAAAGCAUAU